AUGGGACUGAUGCCCGUGGUGCCGCCAGGCUUCACCUUCUGCCCUUCCGAUGAAGAGCUCUUCCGCUACUACCUGCCCGUCGGAACUGUCAGAGAAUCCUACUUUGAGUACGGCUCUGGGGGGAUGAUGAGGCACUGGUACUUCGACACCGCAGUUCGUGGGCCUGCUGAGAGGCAGAGGAGGAUGAGGGCUGUGAAUGGCGGGUUCUGGCUGAUGAGAGGCAGGGGGAACCAUGCUGUCGUGGGUGGUGGUGGUGAAGUUCUGGGUACCAAGAGCUGCUUUGUUUUCUACAUGGGGAAUUCAAUUCAAAAUGCUGCUGGGACUGAUUGGACGCUGCAUGAGUUUGCCCUGCCUGAUCGUGCCCAGGCUUCUUUCGUGCUCUAUCGACUUUUUGUGAAGCCUAGGACCGAGAAUAGCUCAUCGAGUGCUCGCAAUGAUAGAGUGCUCACAUAUGAAGCUGCUCCAGGAGGCAAUAGCGAGGAUGUCACCACAGGGCAUGCGGUAAACCAUCAUCAUGGGGACAGCGAUGGUGGUGGGAACUUUGAUGCUGAUUUCGCUGCACCGCUGGCAACAGGUGCUCCAAGGGUAGACUAUAAAUAG